GACUCCUUCCUUCCAGCAUAACUUUCUCUUCAUCUCUCUUGCAUCUCUGUCCUUUUUUUCUCUAUCAUUUUCUUUUCACAUCCACAACACCACAACCAAAAAAUGUCACCAGAUUUUCAUCACCUUUUGUUCUUUCCUGAACUUGUUCAACUUCCCGUUCUCUCUGUUCAAGCAGUUCUGUGUGUUAUCCUCUUCACUUUCCUUUUCACCAUUUUCCUUACUCCUGGGGGCCUUGCCUGGGCUCUGUCCAAGUCAUCGGCCCGAACCAUUAUCCCUGGUCCAGUAACGGCCCUGCUCGGAGUCUUUACCGGUUUAACUCCUCACCGGGAGUUGGCCAAACUGGCUCGCUCCCACAGUGCGGAGAAGCUCAUGGCUUUCUCCAUCGGCUUAACCCGGUUUGUUAUUUCCAGCGAACCAGAAACUGCUAAGGAGAUUCUGGGGAGUACUGGUUUUGCUGAUAGACCGGUGAAGGAAUCUGCUUACGAGCUUCUGUUUUAUCGUGCUAUGGGGUUCGCACCAUACGGAGAGUACUGGAGGAACCUGAGGAGAAUAUCCGCUCUCCACCUCUUUUCUCCAAAGAGAAUAGCCGGAUUCCAAGGGUUCCGAUGUGAGGUGGGGUUGAAAAUAGUAGAAGAACUGAAAAAGGUUAUGAGUGAGAACAGACACGUGGAGGUUAGAAAGGUACUUCAUUUGGGGUCGUUGAACAAUGUAAUAAUGACCGUUUUUGGGAAGUGUUAUGGGUUUUAUGAGGGUGAGGGGACUGAGCUUGAGGCGUUGGUGAGUGAAGGGUAUGAGCUUUUGGGUGUGUUUAACUGGAGCGACCAUUUUCCGUUGCUGGGGUGGUUGGAUUUGCAGGGUGUGAGGAAGAGGUGCAGGAAUUUGGUUGAAAAGGUUAAUACUUUUGUUGGGAAGAUCAUUGAGGAACAUAGGGUGAAGAGGGAGAAGGGUGAGUAUGUGAAAGAUGAAGCGAUGUCUGAUUUCGUUGAUGUGUUGCUUGAUUUGGAAAACGAAAACAAACUCAGCCAGGCUGAUAUGAUUGCAGUGCUUUGGGAAAUGAUUUUCAGGGGAACAGACACAGUGGCAAUUCUACUGGAGUGGAUUUUGGCGAGGAUGGUUCUCCACCCUGAGAUACAAGCAAAGGCUCAAAGCGAAAUAGACAGUGUGUGCGGAUCCUCAAGACUGGUUUCUGAUGCAGACAUUCCGAACCUGCAAUACCUUCAGUGCAUUGUGAAGGAGGCUCUAAGGGUGCACCCACCGGGCCCUUUGCUGUCGUGGGCUCGUUUGGCGGUGCAUGAUGUGACUGUGGGAGACAAGCACAUUCCAAAGGGCACGACGGCGAUGGUGAACAUGUGGGCAAUCACGCACGACGAGAGGGUGUGGGCUGAACCGGAGAAGUUCAAACCGGAGCGGUUCAUUGAGGAGGAUGUGAGCAUAAUGGGAAAUGAUUUGAGGUUGGCUCCAUUUGGGUCUGGGAGAAGAGUGUGUCCUGGGAAGGCCAUGGGCUUGGCCUCUGUUCAUCUCUGGCUUGCUCAGCUCCUUCAGAGUUUUGAAUGGGUUGCUUCUGAUGAUGGUGCUGUGGAUUUGGAAGAGCGACUCAAGCUUUCCAUGGAGAUGAAGAAGCCACUGUCUUGCAAAGUUGUGCCUAGGGUUGCUGUUUAAGUACUUCAUUAGAAAGUUUGCUGUGUUCUUGUAUUGUUUUUAUUUAGUAGUAAUGAAAUAGGGUUUAGUUAAUGUCUUUUAUGUGAUGUUCUGUUGUCUUUGUUCCUAGGGUUUAAUAGUAGGUUUUGGAGGUUGUUAAUUGUUGGAGAGGUUGAGAAGUUGGUGGUUUUGUCAGUAAAACUUUCUAAUUGAAUGAAUGUUGUUUUCUA